AUGGAAGAUCUACUAGGUGAAAAACAUUACGAUGAAUGGGGUCAUCAUAAUGCUGAGUUUGAUCAUCGUGCUUUCAUUGGUGAAGAAGACGAUACAUUUCACGAAUAUUCUGAAGAAGAUGCUAGUGAUAGACUGAUCACAGUUUUCGACGAAAUUGAUACGAAUAUGGAUGAAUAUAUCGAUAAAAAUGAAAUGAAAGCACGAAUUAAGGGCAACCAACUCAAACGUUUAGAAAAGGAAUCUAGAGAAAAAUUUAAAGUCUUAGAUGUCAAUGAAGAUAGCAUGCUGCCAUGGGAAGAGUAUAAGCAAGUCAUGUUUGCCAACGAUUUAGCUGAAAACAAUGGGAAACUAAGUGACUCUAUGCAAUCUAUGUAUACAAAUGAUCACCGAAAAUUCAUUGACGCUGAUCAGGAUAAUGACGGAAUGUUAACCUUAACCGAAUUUGCGGCCUUUAACUUUCCUCAUAAUUUCCCUCAUAUGCAAAAUGCUUUAGCUAUGGAAUCGUUGGAUACGUACGAUAAAAACAAGGACGGUAAAAUUUCAUGGAAGGAAUACAUUUCGAGUAUGUAUAACUCAGAAGAUAACAAAGAACAACCUGGUUGGGUGCGCGAUGAAGAGAAAAUUUACCUCCUCAGGCAUGAUAAAGACGGAGAUGAAUUAUUAGACCUGUCAGAAAUAAAGAGUUGGAUUGCUCCAGAGGAGAAUAACGAUGAAGAAGAGGAAGCUAAUCACCUUAUUGAAUCUGCCGAUCUUGAUCAGGAUGGAAAACUCACAAGAGAAGAACUUCUUAGCCAUCAGUCUCUUUUUGCUGGCCAUACGAAAAAAUCACGUAAAUAUGAAGAUCCGGAUUUCGACUUCGAUUAUCAUGCUGACCGUUAUCAUGAUGAGUUAUAA